AUGGAGCAUGUUUCAACGCUCUGUGCUGUCAGCACCGUAGGCAUUGCUGCUACUGGCUUCGCCCUAGCCCGUCGAGAACCCCAGCAACAACGUUGGUCGCACACCGACACCAGCCAGGGAAGCACCACACGCACCGAUCCAGCGACUUCGACGUCACUGGGCGCUCCCAUUUACGAAUUACGAGAAAGCAAAGACAGCGUGGCAGAGUCCGGCCCCAACUGGACGUUGCCGUAUAGGAGGAGAGAACGCCGACGGAGGCAAACAUAUACGAAUCCCCCAUCGAAUCCGUCGAGUGAUUCUACCACACAGGACAGUGCUCCGGCAAACGGUCGGCCCUCAUCUUCGUGGUUGCGCCGGCUCUCGGUUAUAUCGUCUUCUAACAGCGGAAGCCCUCUGCCUAGCCCAUCGACCGUCUCGUCAUUGAAUGGGUCAACUGCAACCACCCACAGUAGAACUGAUUCUGCACCCAAGUUCCCGAACAAACUUGUCAAGCGGUCUACUUCACAACAUUCGAUCAAGCCCCCCAGCGACCGAGGUCGCCGGCCCAUGUCCGCAACACUAGCUCUACGUCGACCUGUAACGAGUCAUCAACGAUCGGCGGAUAUUGGACAUCGGACAAGCUUCAACAAAGAAACCGGCCCUCCAGUUUCAACAGGCCUUUGUGAUAAUCUGUGGCCUGACUCUAGUAGCGCAGCGAACGCCGGUGGCAGCAAGUGGAGACCUUAUUUUUCCAGGGCGAAUUCGCGGCGCAAACACUCCGCUGGAGGCGCUGUUGUCACAAUCAAACCUCGCAGCUCAUCGGACCACCGAUAUUUUCUUGAACAACCUACAUUAUUACUUUCCUCCUUAAUUGACCUUCCCAACGAACCCCGAUUGGUGUCCCGGAAACAAAGUUUUUCGCGGCCUUCGAAUGCGGCCAUGAAUAGCCCCUCGACGCGGCAUGGUGACAUGAAAAAGAUCAAUUCUCCUGGUUCCAUCAAAAGAGAGAAACGCAGACCUGUACGAUCGUCUUCCUUUUCCGAUAUGCACGGGGAUAGCUCGAAAUCACGCAGUAACUCUGUUCGAAAUAAUGUCAAAAACCCCAUAACCACCACACGUCAACGCGCUAUGGAUAGAAACAUAUCAAAUCCUUUGCCACAGGCUUUCGACAGUAUGUUGGCAGAUCAAUCAGAAAGUCCUCGACUUCGUCGCAAAAGAAACUUUACAUGGUCCGACACUUCUCAUCGGCCGCAAACUGCGCCUCAGGGAAAGCACUCUAGUACUAAUGCUAGAUUGUCCAACCACCAUGAACCCUCCCCUAGAAACCAUAGCUACCAGAAUCAAUCCCUUACGUUUCCAGAGCGUUCGUCAUCCAAUGGGCUUGCAGACCUAGACUCGACCCCAUCUCCAGCCUAUCCCCCAGGACGAGGCCCCUCUCCUCCAGUGAUCCGCUACUCUAGGGUCAAUCGACUCUCUGGAACAGCGUCCGAUCGAGCGUCAACCGUGAUCGGCUCUGAUGAUACCCGCAUCUUUACUUCAGCAGAUGAGGACGAUCAGAGUGAUUCCGUCUUUGAUUCAUUCCGUACACGGAUCUCAUCCACCAGCAAUUCAGGCCGUCGUGGACCAAACAUUGAAACAAUAUUUCGCGAUGCUCCCAAGAAAGGCAACCUUGCCGAUGUCGACAGCCUAGCAUUUGAAGGUCUGCAUCUAUCGUCAUGUACUCCAGAUUCCUCUAUCAGUGAUCUGAAUUCAACAAGCACCCCCCUGGCCUCGGCUCAAAUGAAGGACGGGGACACAACGCCAACAUCACGGACAAAGCCGUCCUCCAACCAUGACCCCCCCCCAUCGCCAUUGAAGUCGCUUAAUACGCAUAUCUACGAGAUGGAUGCUGAUUUCGAAGUGGAAUACCAUACAAAUGACAAGCUUGCUUUACCGCCACCGCGCCCUAAUUUGCUUGAUUUCGUUGAAGACGACGAUUUUGAUAACUGGGACGCAUCACCCGAAUUUAACAGCAGUCAACCUUCCGAUCUUAACACGCCAUCAUUGAGAAGAACCGGUUCUGGGAUUGGUAUUAGAGCGAGUGUGUUUGAUUGGUCUGAGCAGACAAGGAACGAUCGCGAUACGCAAGAUCCUGGUCACCGGCCAAGCACUGUUCACGGGAAACAAAACACUGUGGGCAGAGGUAGUCGGGGCACCGGCCGGAAGGCACCGAGCGCCGUCCAUCUCCGAAGCCAGAGUGUUCCAGUCUCCAGAGACGGUCCUCCGUCAAAUGAAAGCCGACAGCCUUCGCUCAAGUUUGGCACUUGGGGUCUAGGGCAAAAGGGCGUAAGUGAAGACUGGGAUGGCGAUUUUGACUUUGGCGAUGCGGACGAUAACUCGGCAGACGGUGACGACAUGGCUACUGGGAAUCGGGAUCCGUUUGUCAUGAAAGUGCCAGAGGCCAUCAUGGAGAGCCAAGCCAGUGUCCAUGGACAGUAUGGGCAUGUCCAAGAGCUAACCCUAUUAGUCGAAGAACUCAAACGGCUACGGAUUCAGGGUAACAUGCUUCAACUAAUUCACGGUCCUUCGGCCGACCUUUGGAAGGAAGCAGAAGGUAUCAUCAACUUGGCCACAUUGGAGGAAGAUGAAAAUGGGUUUCCAGCUCCUGCGUCGCCUUCUUCAUGCGGGAGCUUCGAUGAGUUUGAAUCUCCGCCGCAAAAGGCCAUAAAGCGCGGUGAUGGUGAAAUCAAACGACCGCCUCUCGCAGUCUGGCCCAAUCCUGGAACCAAUUCGAGUCCUCCUAAUCAGAAAGACCCAUCAAAGGUCAAGUCGGUACUGGAAACGAUUUAUCAGCAACGCGAGCACACGAGCCAUCAGACUCUGGAGGCUACGAAUAACUCUAUACAAAAGCUGCCAUUCGACACUCAGUCUCUCAAGGAACUUGUCAAUCGUGCCGGUAUGGUGACACGUUCGUUGAAAGAUGUUAUACGUCGAGCCGAGGGUGUCACCUCAUCUCCUGAAUCGCACACGCCAUCCGACCCCCCAUUUAGCCGAAUAUUCGCUCACUCACGUUGA